AUGGUCAACAACAAUUCCACCGCAGCCGGGAUCGUCGCUAGCCAGCACGAUGCGCUUCUGUGGUGGUACGGCGUGUCCUCCGCCGUGUCCGGCGCUGGCGUCCUGUCCGCCGUUUUAUUAAUCUGCGCCCUCCUCCGGCACCAACCCCUCCGCGAAGGCGCCCACCUACUGGUGAUCGGGCUGCUGAGUCUGGAGACGGUGUCGGCGCUCCCCUCCUUUCUCUUCACCACUACCAUCCUCACCGCCAACCUCCACCACACCCUGCCGGUGACCUGCGUCCUGGUGCAGUUCUCCCGGCACAUUCUUCUCACCAUGCUCCACUGGAUCGCCGUCGCCCUGACCCUUAACCGCUUCGUAGCCAUCCUCCUGCCUCACCGCUAUCCCCACAUCUCCAGUCGCCGGGCCACCGCCUUCCUGGUGGCGGUGGCCGGCAUUAUUGCGUGUCUGGCGACGAUUCCUUUUGUCACGGAUUUGUUAGGGUAUUAUGCCUUCAGUCCGCUGAUGGGCGCCUGUGUACUCAUUCAUUAUUCCCAUCCGCUGUACCCUGUCCUGAUAUCUUUGAGCGUCAACGUUCCCUUCUGUCUGCAGGGCGUGCUAUAUCUGUGCGUCGUCGCCAGCAUCUUCCGCUCGUGGCGAGAACAGGUCCGGGAGUCGAGUGGGAGGCGGCGGCAGCGGAAUAUCGCCGUGAUGCUGAUGGGGUCCUUUGUGUGGUACGUCGCCUGCUACUGUCCGCUGCCCAUCAUCGCCGCGCAUUUCCCCACGAUAUGGAUCGGUCGGCCGCUCUUGUUCUUCUGGAUUAAUUCGUUGACGAACUUUGGCGCAGCCGGCACGCCGAUGAUCUACAUCUUCCUGAGCAGUGAUUAUCGGCGCGCCGUCCUGCGGACCCUGAGUGCCGUGCUGCGGAGGAUUAGCGGGGAACGGCUGUGUGCAGCAGCACUACCAACCCCUCGAUCCACACAGGCCGGCAACACGCCGUAG